CGCGUCUCAAGCGCCAGAUUGCACAGUGGUAAGCUUUUCUGGGUUUACAGCUUUCCUUCGUCCUUGAUUUGCACGAAACAUUACAUGCGAUCCAAUUCACACCAUGCCAGAAACUCUCAAACGCAGGCUACUACACGAUGACGAGCUCGUGGAAGACUCCGAACCCGAAAGAGAGGAAAAAAGGCAACAGAUAAGGGAGCAAACAAGGAAGAAGAAACGUUUGCGUAUGGACCCACCACGAGCUGAUCUAGAGCAAGAUAUUAUCGAGUUAACCGAUACCGAACUCAAUCCUUCCGGUCCGUCAGUUACUGUAGGUGGUCAGAGCCAGAUCAACAAGCCUAUCGGUGCUUCCAGCUGCAGUCCACUGACGGAGCUGGCUUCUUCCCGGGAACUUCAAAGUGCGAACCAUUUUGCGAUUGAUAUACCUCGACCUUCGUUUGCUGUAAUCGCUCCUGAUAAACGUAGAAAUCGUGUCAAUGCACCCAAUACAGCGAAUGGGCCCUAUAGCGCGCAGAAAAUGUCGGGUAUGAGCCGCACUUUUACAUACCCCACCCCGCCUCCUAUUGCGACCCUGGAAGUGCCGCUGUCCAGCGACUCUGAGGGUGAAUCCCGCCUGAAACUGUCUCACUUUGCUUUCCGAGCGCCUUCAUCUAAGCCUAAGAUCACCGACCUCGGAGGUUUGUCGUGCUCGGGUAGCUCUGUCGCAGCGGACAAACUUCCAGAAUCAACCUCUGCUCCGAAAGCCAGACUGAAGCGCCCCAGUAUUCGCCGCUUCUCUGACGACUUCUCACAUGCACAACUUGCAUCUCUCAUCAGCUGCGUUAGUUGCAACCUGAAGUGGACCUCGACGAAGACUGCAAGCCAAAAAGUGUUCCACAUCCAAAACUGUGCAAAAAAGAAGUUCCUUUCCGAUGAAACAGUCCGGAUACUUAUACACAAAGAGAUUCAAUCGUCCUCAGACCAGAAGACUUUGGAAGAAGGCCAAACGUCGGCCACUUUCCUGGAAACGGUUGUCAACGAGGUCUCCCGGACGAAGAAAAGCAGACGCCCUCAAAUUCUAGGAACUGUCAAGUCUCUGCCUGAAACUCGUGGUAGUAUACUGGGAAGGGCGCGGGCUGUCCUUGAUACUUCUGUGCAACACGGAGACUCCGUCGUAGACGCUCAGGUGUCGGAUUUGACCCAGGGAGGUAGAAGUGACGUUCCCUGCACUCAAGCUUUUGGAACUAGCAUGUUUGCCCGUCGAGCAGACUCGUAUCCUCGUGCACAGCCGGGACCAGUGCUGACCCAGGCUUUCGGUGAAAGCGCCCUCGCCCAUUUGCAAUCUAACUUGGGCCUCGUUGCGCGACAUGCUCAAACUUCUGGUCUUUGAUAUAAGCGUGGUGGAUUAGGCUGCUUCUAAUGCCCAACUACUUCAUGCAUUUACUUCCAACAAGCAUCCAUGAUCGUCAAUAACCAGCACACUUCGCAGUCAGGCCAUAUGCCGUCAGCAGCUUCAGCCUUAUCAAGAGAACGUCAUUCACUCACUCCCGCUUACUUGACAACGAGCCGAGCUAAUUUAGGAGCCGAUCAAUUUGUGUUCAAGUUGACGCUAGUACUAGCUCGUAAUGGUCUCAACGUGUCUUUCCUGCCCCUUUAUUCAUUUCCGUGACGCUAUUUUGUAGCGUAGAAAUUCUGACUAUAAUGUUCUACUAUCACCUUGCAUCUUGCUUGUAAUAACUCAGGCAUCCUUGCCGCCUCCGGGUGGAGCCUUACGUAACGAGGUAACGAGGUUUAACAAUUUAACCAUGUUAAUUUAUUGUUGGAGUAGU